AUGGGGAUAGUGCAAGAAGCUCAUAACGUGAAGGUUUUGGGUUCGGGAAUAGUCCUAGGCCAUGGCUUUGGCACGGAUCAAUCGAUUAUUUUUGACUUUGAAAGAUAUUCAACUGUUGAAGGAUAUGUUUGUGAUUUACUUGCCAUAUUAGAAGAACCACAAGUAAAAUCAUGUAUUUGUGUUGGUCACUCUUUUUCUGGCAUGAUUGGGGCCAUUGCCUCUAUUACUCGCGCUGACCUCUUCUCCAAAAUCAUCAUGCUUAGUGCUACUCCUAGGGUCCCUAGUCACAUUCUGCAAAGCAUCAAGGACAUGGCUGUUCCACUUACGGUCUGUGAAUACCUUCACCAAAAUCUCGGUGGGCGAUCCAUUGUUGAGGUCAUGCCGGUGGGUGGUCACCCGCCGCAGUUGAGCUCCCCAGACAUUGUCAUCCCGGAAAUUCUCAAGCACAUUAAUUUGCUAUGA